AUGUCUUCCAACCAGUGGUCUGUGAACACUAAGAUUUGCCUCCCUCGGCCGUACCUUACAGCAUUUCAUCUUGUCCCAUUAAACGAUGCUCUUAACAGGGAUCAAGUCUUUCAGCUGAGCAAAGAAGAAUCCUUCGCUGGCGAUGGCCCUCUUCCUGGGGAGCUCCAUAAUGAAGAUAUUACUUUCACCAAGCCGACAGCCUCAGUGGCAAAUGGUCAAUCUGUUGCCGCUAUACCUUCUCAGCAAAGCUCUCGACGGCUUCCGAUAAGCGUCUGUGCAUGGAACAUUGCAGGAACUAUCACGACCAGCCAUAUAUGGCUGAUAAUUUACACAAUCCUCAUCGCUGAGCCGGAGUUAGAAGUAUUUGGACUCGAAUUGAAGGGACCUGACAGCGAUGCUAUAGCCGAGGAACUAUGUUUUUCGAUGGUGGCCAUAAAAUCCAGUAAAGAAUCUGUGACAGUCUGUCGCAAUGCUUUCUGGCAAGGAUGUGCUUCUCCAUUGGGCUCCUCUCCAAUCUGGACACCUUUCGCAAGAAAGGUCGUGCCGCAUUCACACUAUGUCACCACGUCUACGCCGACGAUACGCCGCACUCAUCCACUCCGUCCCCCGAAUUCUUCACCAGGGUCAACUGUGUAUAGUCGAUACAUCCCUAGCCUGAAUAAAUUGUUUUCGUUGGUUACCGUUGACUAUAAAGAGCCAACCCACGUGGAGUUCUUUCACCAGUCAAAAAUGCCCGCCGCUACCUCCCACUCCGAACCCUAUGGCGACUCUCUUGAAGAAAGUUUCGAAUAUCUUCGCAGGAGGAGUGAUGAUCCACACACAAUUGGGCUGCUUGGUCAGUUUGAUGAAACUUUAUUUGGUUACUUUGAAGUUUUUUGGGUCAAGGAGGAUCCUUUGGGGGUGGCAGUUGACGCUGGAGAUUUUGACCGUGGACUGAGUGGCUCGGUGGGAUAUUCUGCCUUCAAAAGUCGGCGCUGGCUGCAAGCAUGCUGGUCAAGCUUACUUCAUUAUAUCUUUCUUGAUGAGCAUCGAACAGAUAGUAUCAUCACCGAGGCAGAAUUGGGACGUGAAAUGUUAGGUGACGCCUCGUUGGAGCUGUUGGAAGAUGGAAUAGUGGACUUACCACACCAGCGAGCUAUACUCACCAAGAACACACGAGAGGCUUUCUUUUCCCUGUGUCCAUUUGAUGGGAUAUUUAUAUAUGAUACCUUGCAGAUUCCUUCUCGUUUAUAG